GCCCGCCCAGCCGCCGCCGCGCCGGGACCCGCACGCAGGUACCGAACGGGCUGCCGGGGAGGGACGCGGGGACGUGCACCGCCACCCCUUCCCCUCUCCUCUCCUACCCCGCCGCGGCGGCUCGCUGAGGACUCGCCGUCUCGCCGGCGCCUCCAAAACGACGCCGGGUCCCCGCCGCGCCUCUGCCGUCCCUGCCCGUGAGCCGCCAUGGAUCUGGUCCUGGAUGUUGCUGACCGGAACCUCCUCACGCCCUACGUGUACCCCUCCGGCUGGCCCGAGGCCGAGCCCUUCCGCCAGCUCCUCAGCCUCUUUGUCAUCACCAACCUGGGCGCACUCGCCCUCUACCUGUUCUUCGGCACCCUCAGCUACUACUUCAUCUUUGACCACGAACUCAAGAAGCAUCCUCAGUUCCUAGAGAACCAGGUGCAGCGGGAGAUCACCUACGCACUGCGCUCGCUGCCCUGGAUCAGCGUGCCCACCGUCGCCCUCUUCUUUGCCGAGGUGCGGGGCUACAGCAAGCUCUACGACAACAUCGAGGACUCCCCGUAUGGCUGGGCAGGUGUCUUCCUCAGCAUGCUGUCUUUCCUCUUCUUCACCGACAUGGGCAUCUACUGGAUCCACCGCGGUCUCCACCACAAACUGUUCUAUAAGCGCUUCCACAAACCCCACCACCUCUGGAAGAUUGCGACGCCCUUUGCCAGCCACGCCUUCCACCCCGUCGAUGGCUUCAUGCAGAGCCUGCCCUACCAUAUCUACCCCUUCCUCUUUCCCCUGCACAAAGUCACCUACUUGGGCCUCUACAUCUUCGUCAACGUCUGGACCAUCUCCAUUCACGACGGCGACUACCGCGUCCCGCGCCUCCUGCGGCACGUCAUCAACGGCUCGGCCCACCACACCGACCACCACUUGUACUUUGACUACAACUACGGGCAGUAUUUCACCCUCUGGGACAAGAUCGGCGGCUCCUACAAGAGCCCCACGGCCUUCGAGGGCAAAGGCCCCCAUGACUACCUGCGCAAGCUCCGAGAGAAAGGCCCAGGGGCGCCCAAUGGAACCCUGGCCACCAAGGCAGAGUAGGUGCCUCUUGGCUUGGCCCCUCUCCGGGACAAGACUCCCUGGCCAAGUCUCGUCCCGCUCCUCCUGGCCUCUCAUGACUACUGUCCCACAGACAACGAGCCCCCGUGCCCUGAGAGCAGGACUGGGACGGGCCGGUCCUCAGCGAGCGCUCCUGAGACGGCGGUGUCCAGCCUGGCCCCACAGCGCAAUCCUGCUCUCUUCUCCCUGUCGCUUCCUCUCCCCACUGCCUUGGGGUCCCUGCUGCGCUCCCUGUGCUACUUUACUACUGUGCUGCUGCUGUACAAAAAGAACAAUAAGGUGGCACAAAUAGAACAGUGAUGUGGCUCGUGGCAGGGUCUCCAUCUGUCCUCCGUCGCCGGUUUGCUGUUGCCGUGGAGUCCGUCGGGAUGAGGCGAGUCGAGGCUGACGAUGCUGCAGGGGUUUGUCUGAGCUGUGUUUCAUACAAAUGCUUGUCUUGUGGAGGCAGCGCAGGUCCAGGCUCAGCCAGGGCUCAGCCUUGGGACCCAGCAGGACUCCUUGGCACUCGACGUGCUCUCCCGCUUCCUCUCACCCAGGAGCAUCUGAUGGGGCUCAGAAAUGUCAUGCCUGUAGGACAGAUGUGCUUUGAGUCCCACGGGUCACUCGAGAUCCCUGAGAACAUUGUGGGUGGGAAGAGGAGGAAGAGACGCCCAGAGGCGAGGGGUAGGGGCUUCUCCUCUCUCAUGGGUUUGUGGCUGCCUUUCCCCCUUAACACCCAGAAUGAUUUCCACUGAAACCCUCUUGGCCCUGCCUUUGGGUCCACCCCGUGUUCAAUAAAUCUCAGUUGCCAA